AGCUCAAUACGCUUAUAAGCUUAGUUUUUAUUUUUUUUAAUACAGAGAGAACACUCUUAAUUAAGCAACUUCUUUUUUUCAUUAAUAUUGAUUGCAUUAAUAUAAAAAGUAGAAUCGAUAAUUUUACGACAUUACACGUCAGCCGGCAUUGUUUUGUCAUACAAUUUCGCGAUCAAGCAAAAAUCUGUUUUCCAAAAGAAAAUCUAUUUAAUCGAAAUCAGGUCAUGAAAGAACCGUUACAAAAUUAAAGAAACAUGUAUGUCACUCUUUUACUGAUAUCCGUCUCAGAGAUUGUUCUGUUUAGCCUUGUGAGAGGUAAAACUAUCAAAGGAACUUUCACAAGUCACCAAGCCAGAGCUGAAAAAGGACAAUACUUGUCAUCUUUCUGCUUUCAUGGUGAUGGCGUAUUGCAGUACACGUUAAACACAACUGCAAUAUCAUCUGCAAAGCUCUACCUGUUUCUUAGUGAUGACUGGAAUGGGAUAAGUGGUGACAUGGACUGUUCUGCAAAAUUCCAACAGGCCAGGGCAGCAUAUGACCUGACAGCUGAAAUAGGAAACAAGACAAUAGCCAACUUCCAGACACCGCGAGUCUGGUACGUCAUUUUCGCAGAUGAGUACACUUGUAGCGAUGUUCCCAUGGCUACGUUAGACAUGUCAGGGCUUAACUUUGUGUACUAUGACAUCCAGCUGCUCAACCCGGAUGCCCUUGGGAACCCCACUGAACAUUUCAGUGAUGAAGAAACAGGUCUGCUGCGGUUUUACCAACUCCUGGCACUGGCCUACUUCAUUCUGGGCUGUAUCUGUAUCCCCCGCCUCAUCGAGCCCCUGAACAGCAGGGGCCCCAUGCAGCUGGUGAUCCAGUUACUGAGUGUUAGCACGGGCUUGCAGGCCGUCGGGGCGUUCAUCAUGAUGAUCCACUUGAGGAAAUAUUCAAGAGACGGCAUCGGAUCCCCUGUGUUUGAAAUGUUAUCUGAAUUUUUUGAUGUGCUAUCCCAGUUUGCAAUGCUAUACAUGUUGUUGAGCCUCAGUCUGGGUUGGUCGCUAGGGACGACACACAGACACACAAACCUUCGACUGAUCAAGAAACGACCCGCAGCGAAAGUUGUCGCUGUUCUUGCCAUUAUACAGGGAGGCCUGUUCCUUUAUGAGCAAUAUCAGGACCAGACCAACCGACUGUACCACGCCCACCGCACCCUGGCAGGCUCAGCCCUUCUCGUGUUAAGAGUUGUUCUGGCCGUGCUGUUUGGCUGGAACCUGUAUACAACUGUGUCGCUAGAACGCAGUAUUAUGAAAAGGGAGUUUUACUUAUCAUUUACAAAGAGCUGUAUGCUGUGGUUUCUGUCAUACCCUGUUAUUGUGAUAGUUUCUAGAAUAUUCUCAGAGUAUCUCAGAUAUAAGAUGAUUACGAUGAGCGUGGUGCUAUGUCAGUCUGUUGCAGUGGUUACGUUAUACCGAUUGUUUCUGUCCCGAAGUUUAUACUGGGAAGUGUCAGCACUAUCAAGUACACUGCCACUACGUAUAGACAGAUCGCGAGGCUUGAAGAUAUACUCGUGACAGCCUGUGAUAUACCUAGAAAUAGCUGUUCUCAGAUUCUCCAUGUUGAAUUUUAUGUCCAUUUUCACUGUGGUUGUAAGACUCAUGACUCAAACCUGAUUAGCUGAUUUUCAUUUUUAAACUGUAAUGAAAUGAGCAUUGGCACUGAACCCCCCUCUGUAGUACAGCUGUUUACACGUAUGCGGUCAUAAUAAGUACAUUAAAGAUAUUCCGUAACAUAUCAGACUUGGUGGAGUCUUAAGUGUCAAACUCAUGAGUGAAUAUCAGCCCUGAUAGGUCAACAAGUAUAAUCAUGCAGUGUAUGGGUACUCGGAUUAAAGAUUUUAAAAGUGUUACAUUGUUGCUUAUGAGAGUGUGUAUUCUUGUAAAGUUCGGAUUUUGUUUCAAAACGUGUGUCAAAGCUGUUAAAAUCUCGUAUAUCUAUACUGUUAAAGAUUUUUAAAGAGAAUGAUAACGCUGCUGAAAGCCGAAUAAGGAGAAUGAAUGUUGAUUGACUCUCAUUUACAUUAAUUAUCUUUUCUGAAAGUGAAUCAACUCUGAGUGAGUUAUUAUCUACACCAUGUUAAUGUUAGCUGUAAUAGCGAAGGUUAUAAGCUUUAUGCAUACGGUAGUCACUGAAAGAUAUUUAGUUUUUUUGUUGAUUUUUUUUACAAUGAUGGUGAAGAACAACACAGUGUCGAGAGUCCUUGUACAGGUAUUACACAGCAUGUGUUCGAUAUAGAAAGAUCAACAUGUGGGCUACAAAGGUUUAUAUACCUGGUAUUUUGUUUAUGAUAUUAUGUUAAAAGAUGAUCUACUGUACUUGGACUUUGUUACAUAAUUUUGUUUCCUAUUGAAUAUAAUUAUAUAUAUUUUUUCAUAUGUAUUUGGCUGUCACCUUGGCGCUUCAGGUUUUGUAACUAUUUAUUUUUACAAAAUCCUACAAACAAAUAUUUAAAAUUGAUUCACCAUUUAUAUAUCCUAUGAAAAUAUUUUAGACAUAUUCCUUUAUAGAAUAAAUAUAAUAAAAUAAAAAUUACAUAUUUGAUUUGUUUUUGUCUGAAAUGUUUGACACAGAAUGUCAUGUUAGAGCAAUUACUAGUAUUUUUUUGUGCAUUUUAAAAAAAUAUAUCUUAUCGCAUGUAAUGUACAAAAGUUUGAUAAUAUUUUUUUUUUGGAUAAUUUUGGAAACAAAAUAAUUUAGCUAACAUAAAAACAUAACUAUGGUACAGAAAAAGAAUGUUGUAAUCAAGAUAAAUCUGAUGUAAAAUGCAUUUUGAGUUGUUCGCUUAGUGCAAAAACGCAGAUGAGAGAAGUGGAGAGAUAUAUCUUAAGUUUUUAAGAAUUUAUUUAUUUACCGGUGCUGAAAUUCCUCGGCAAUUUGUUCCUAAAACUGAUCUGUUGCUAUUUUGAUCAGCUGUUGUCCAUCAUCUUUCCAUUGUUGUCAACAGUUCGCUGGUUAACGCCCUUGCUGCCACAUUUUCUCUCCACUCUGUGAAAAAUUGUCAGGAUGUGUUCCCUAUGAAAGCAUAAACUCCAUUUAUAAGAGAUUUACCCUCAAGGACAAAUAACCCCUGUCGUAAACAUGAGCAUAUAAACGCAAAUCACCACUAGGAUAAAUUUAACCUCAGGAUGGAGGGCAGAAGAGUGGGGGUGGGGGAAAUUUGCUCAAUGUCUGGAAGGGUGCGGUAAAUUGCCUUUAGCCUAUCAAAUGUCAUACAACCGUAAAAAACUGAUAGGCCCCAGGGUUAUAUGGCCCAGGGGUACUUCUAUUUUGGCAAGGAUUUGCAGAUAUGUAUUUCACUUUGUAACACAUAAUGGUAUUUUUAGCAUGCUUUACAUAAAACAGCUUUAUAAGCAUUGGUUACAUGAGGAAGGGGGGCUCAACACAGACUAAUGUUUUAGUGAGAAUAUUCAUUUUUGUAAGUUGCCUUUCAUAAACGUAAAAAAAAAAUAAUGCUGGGCAUAUUUUUGCCCCACAAGGACAAAUUUUGGGCUUGUAAAUGCCGUCUAAGUAAAGUUUGAUUUUGGUGCCUGUCAUUUUUAGGAAACUGUAAGAAUGUGGUUCUGUUUUGAAAAUGGGUCAACCCCCCCCCCUCAAAAAAAACUAGGCCAGUAUGUCAUAUUCUUAUAAAAGCUACAUGCGUGUUCCUCGGGUGAGCGAUGUAGGGACUUUCAUGUCACUUGUGAAUUUGAAUUUUUGCUUUUGCAUAAUAUGCAAAUUUGCUAAAUUAUAUUUGUCAUAAUGUCCAUUCGAAUUAUUAUAUGGUCUUAUUAAUGAAAUGGCUAAUUAUAUGUUACAACUGUAAUUUUUUAAAAACAUACAAGGUGGUGGAUAAAAACUCUUAUAAUGUUGUUGUAAAUGUAUAUUAAACAUGAAAUAAAUAAAUGC